GCUAUUCUCAAUUCUUAAUCUCCUACAAACACAAACAAAGCAAAACCUCAAAAUGGAAAACGGUUCAGAGAAAUCAAACUUAACUCAAGAAAUAGAAACCCUUUCAAAAGUGAUCAUCUCGAAUGCUCAUCUCGAUACAUUCGUCUCAUCAGAAACUCAUUCUCAAGUGGUCGAUUUUAUUGUGGAAUUAAAUGAUUCGGUUCAUGGUUUACCACUUAAUCAACCUCUUCAACUUUCAACAAACGUUCAAGCCGCUCUUGACCUACUCGAAAACAUAAAACAAAUAGCAAUCCAACAUCCACCUCUCGAUAACAAACUUUCACGAUUCGGGAACCCAGCCUUCAGAAAUUUUUACGACCAACUUGUUCAGGAAGUAAAUCACCUUCAAUCAUGGAUACCUAUAUCCGAAUCACUUUUAAAAGAAACUUCUUCUUACCUUAUCGAAUCAUGGGGAAAUCGUACUCGUAUUGAUUAUGGAAGUGGAAUGGAAUUAAACUUUUUAUGUUGGAUGCUUUGUUUGAGUAAACUCAAAGUGUUUUCAAAGGAAGAUUAUCCUGCUUUGGUCCUGAAAGUCUUUUGGAAGUAUAUCGAGGUCAUGCGUUUCUUGCAAUCCACUUACUGGUUAGAGCCAGCUGGCUCGCAUGGGGUAUGGGGACUUGAUGAUUAUCAUUUCUUACCUUUCUUGUUCGGAUCAAGUCAAUUAAGAGGUCAUAAAUACAUCAAACCCAAAUCUAUACAUGAUCCUGAUGUAUUGGAAGGAUAUAGUGAUCAGUACAUGUACCUGGCUUGCAUCCAAUUCAUUAACUCGAUCAAGACAGCCAGUUUACGUUGGCAUUCACCUAUGUUGGAUGAUAUUUCGGGUGUAAAAACAUGGGACAAGGUCAAUUCAGGAAUGAUUAAGAUGUAUAAAGCAGAAGUACUUGGAAAACUACCGGUAGCACAACACUUUCUGUUUGGAAGUUUACUACCAUUCCCACAUGAAGAAGUCAGCGAAGAAGCCAAAACUCCGGAUGAAUUUGAUUCGAAUGAUAAGUUGAUUAUAGAUCAUGAUGGACAUUUACAUAUCAAAGGACAACAAGGAUGGGGAGAGUGUUGUGGGAUACCGAUUCCUAGUAGUUUUGCGGCUGUUCAAGAUGAACAAAAACGAAGGAUGGGAUCGAACCCUAGUAUUAAACGAAUCCCGUUUGAUUGAAGUUGAUGGGGAUUGAAGUCUAGGAUUUUGAGUUGAUUUGGAUGAAUUUAGAUCUUAUGUUUAAGUAAUUGGGAGAAAUUUUAAACUUCUUUUUAGUGUAAUUUUAUUUUGUUUUGGUAUAAUUGAAAAAUACAAUCACUUGCAGAUGAAGCAAGAUUAUGAUUUCGAUUUUGAGAUUAUCAUCUUGUUGAAAAUUUAUUCUUCCAUUUAAAGAAUUAAUCAGAUCAAUCUGAAUCAACGUC